AUGAACCGUUUCCUGAGAGCGGACUGCAGGGAGCUGUCACCGAACCACACCGCCUCCUCCUCCUCCUCCUCCUCCUCUUCCUCUUCCUCCUCCUCCAUCUCCAUCACCUCCUCCUCCUCCUCCUCCUCCUCCUCCUCCAGCGCCGCUGGCUCAGGCGACAGACACGCGGCCCUGCCCUCGCUCCAGACCCGGGGACCUGGCGGCGGCGGCGGCGGGUCGGAGCCGCGGAGAUCCGGGCUUAAACGCAGCCGAGCCGGCCGGGAGGGACGAGAGGAACCGGAGGCGGCAGCGGCGCACCAGUCGGCGGCUGCUGUCGCGGUGCGAGGCGGCGGCGGAGGAGAGCUGAGCGUCGGGGUCGCCAAGCAGCAGCAGCAGCAGCAGCAGCAGCGUCGGGAGGCUCAAGGACGCAGCGUCGGAGGAGAAGGAGCUCCGGAGAUGAUUUCAGCCGUCAGCAGGGACGCGGACGGCGGCGGCGGCGGCACCGGCGUCUCCGAGGUGACCGCGGCCGCUCCUUCUGCGCCAUGCGCCAAAGGCAAGGAGGAGAGGAAGGGGAAGAACGUGAUCCGGGGCUGGAAGAGGGAGAGAGACCGGGAGCGGGACCGGGACGCCGCCGCUCCUCCUGCCCGGACCAGGAAGGAGAAGCCCGGCGACGGCUCGUCUCCUCCUCCCUCCGUCUUCCUGCCCGAGCAUCAUCUGUGCCGCGACGGCCCCGGACUGUGCCGCUGUGCCGCCGCGCCGGACUCCAGGCUCCCGGGAGACACCGGCGGCGGCGGCAACGUAAACAAUAACAACAAUAGCGGGAGUAACGGCGCCGGUAAAUCCGCGCUGGAUUGUGGAGUUAAAAGCGGCGCUAUUGUUGUCCGGCGGCAGCAUGACGACACACCGGCCGCCAAGAAGCACCGAGGAGCCGACAAGGUGGACCCCAUGUUCACGGUCCCAGCUCCCCCAGCUCCAGGCCACCCCGGGGCCCCUGGAUCCUCCUUGCCCUCGGCCCCGUCCUUCUCCCCUCCGGCCCUGCCCACCUCCAACCCCAAGCAGCUGGCGGUGAGGACCAGGUCCAUCGGCACCAACACCCAGGACGGGGGCGUCUCGGGGGCGCUGGAGGGCGACUCGGCCUGCCUGGGGCCCUGCCAGCCGGGGACCAGCGUCAACCUGGAGGGCAUCGUCUGGCACGAGACGGAGGAAGGUAGGCCCAAACCCUGCACCGCCAACCGGUUUUGCGAGUCUCCCUCCAGCGACCCGGAGCUGCCCGGCGGUCGAGGUCGGGGGAAGCGGAUGCGAAUGGCAAUGGCGGAUCGGCCCUGCGUGGAUCCGACGCCCGCCGCCAAAGUCCGGGGUCUAUCGCAGCACCGGAGCCGCGGAGGUGGCGUCGCCGGAGCAGCACCCCCCAUCCACAGCAAGGGCAGGAGAGGCAGCCUGAACCUCAUCAACAGCAACUGCCGAGCGCCUCCGUCUUUCUUCACCGUGGAGGAGGUGAAACCGGCCAACAGUGCCUCCUCCCUCUCUUCCGGGAAGCGCAAGAACAAGCCGCCGGCCGACUUGGACCUCAGCCUGGUCUCCUCGGACGACAUUAAAAACGGAAACGGGAAGAGGAUCCGGGCGAAAUCCCGGAGCGCCCCGUCAACACCGCAGGGCAAAUCUGACCCCUCGUUCAUGGAUCCGGGAGGAGGUUGUGGCUCCUCACCGCCUCCCCCGCCCAUCCUUAUCGACUGCCCCCAUCCCAACUGCACUAAACGCUACAAGCACAUCAACGGCCUGCGAUACCACCAGACGCAUGCACACCUGGAGGCUGAGGAGCAGAGGAAGCCUGAGCUGGAGCCCAUGAAGGACGGGGAGAGCGAGGAGCGACUCUCCGACUGCGAAGACGGCAUCAACAACAUGACGUAUGACCUCUCGGAGACAAACAGCAGCACCAACAGCUCCUCGAAGAAACCUGCUCCCUUGUACAAGGUGACCACGGUGGGUUCUCCAAAGAACAGGCGGCUGCUGCUCAGCACCGACCACAGCCCCACCGCCAAUUCCAAAACCAGAAGAACCUCGCUGCUGAAAGAUGGCCUGAUUGACGACCUGAGCAACCUGCCCAUAAUCUCCAACAUGACCGUGGUUCUCGAGAACUGCAUGGUCCCGGACAGGAACUCCUCGGUGGAGAUGCCCAAACUGGAGGCCGAAGGUUUGAUCGAAAAGAAGGGAGGAGCCUGCGACAAGGGCAAGAAGGCCAACGGGAAGGUCGAGAAGCUGUCCAAGUCCAGGACCAACCGGCCGAUCGCUCCGGCACCCGCUCCGCCCAAACUGAUCGCCAUACCCAACACGGCGUAUCCGAGCGGCACCUCAGAUCCGGUCACCUCCCAGCAGCCGUCUCCAAUGGCAGCCGUCGGCCUCACCAGUAAAAACCUCCCACUGAAACCCAUCAAACCAAAGCUGAGCAUCGUUGUGGAGCCAAGCCUCGUCAAAGCAACCCUGGUGACCUGCAAGGAGACCCGGAAGAAGGAGAAACGGAGGCUGAAGGACAAACACAACAAAGAUGCGCCAACCAGGACGCCAAAUGGCGACAGCAGCGGGAUCAAAAUGGAAGACGGUGGCGGCGGAUCCAAAAUGGGUGUCAAGGAAAUCUCUGGAAGCCUUUUGAAGGAGCACCUGAGCAAGCAGGACGUAAUGAACGGACUCACAGAGAGCCAGGAGAGCAGAAUGGCCAGCAUCCGAGCCGAGGCCGACAAGGUCUACACCUUCACCGAUAACGCCCCAAGUCCCUCCAUCGGUGGUUCAUCACGGCUUGAUGCGAGCGGUAGCUGCCUGGGGACGGCAGACAGCGGCAGCAAGAACAACAGCCCCGCCUACUCCGACAUCUCUGAUGCCGGGGACGACGGGGGAUCCUCCGAGUGUCGCUCCGACGGGCUCAGAUCCAAGUCCAGCUCAUCGGCUUCUUCUGAGGUGAGCUCCAACAGCAACCACGGUAACUCCGGGAAAACCCCGCCCACGCCGUCAGCCCCAAAAGACCCCCAGUCCCCGUACUACCACGGCUACGAGCCUUACUACCUGCAGGGCUACAUGCAGUCGGACCGGCAGAACAGCAGCGGCGUCGCUUUCCACAAAAGCUCCCACGACUGCAAAGGGAAAGACAGGAAAGAAGAGAUAAAAGAGGACGAUAAGAGCUCCGCCCACGAGUUCUCGGAUUCAAAGAAAGGCGACGGACCGCCUCAGUCUCAGCUGCAGCUGGCUAUGAGUCAGACCCAGACAGCGCUGGCCCAGUCGCUGUACUACGGCCAGUACUCCAGAGGACUCUACAUGGACCAGAAACUGUUACUGGCCUCCAAGUGCUGCGACCAGACGCCCAAGCAGAGGGGGACAAGAGACAGUGACGAGGUCAAACACAUGGUCGGGGGUCCGGCCAGCGGACCCAUGCUCGGUAAAGGUGCCGACGGUGCUAAAGGUUGCUGCCCCAAACCCGUCCUGUCCUACGUGGAGAUGAGUGAGAGGGGAGAAAGGGGACAGGGUCUGGGCGUGAAGGCGGUGCACGGCGGCGUGGUGGAACAGCACCCGGCCUCAAUCAAAGACUGCGAUGACAUCAAGUCGCCCUCCUCUUCCUCUUCUUCAUCACUCCACAACCCAAACAGUCAGACAGAUCUGGACUCAAAUGUUUCCUUUUCCAGUCCCUCAGACGGCCCGGCCUGGGCUCACCGCCUCGCUCACAGCAAAUACUCAGAGCUUCAGCACGGCGAGGAGGCCGAGGAGGGCGAAGCUGACACUGGGAAAGAGUGGGGCGCUACCGUGGAGCCGGCCGGGGCCAAGAUGACCUCAGGGGGAGGGGAUAGAGGAGGAGCCGAGGCUAAAAAGUCCAGGGGAGCCCACGACCUCCCGCCCGCCAUCGACGCCGACGACCCGGAGCGGCUGGAGGCGCUGGAGGACCCGGGCCAGGAGGCGAUGGGAGGCCUGGCCGAGGAGUCGCAGAGCGCCCGGGCGGCGGUGUCGCCUCCCAUGACCCCCCAGCAGCCCUACAUCCAGUACCAGCACUCCUCCUACCCCCCGUACCUGGCCAUGUGUGAGGGCGGCGGGGGCUCCUACCGAGGGGUGUCCCCGACCCUGGUCCACAACUACCCAGGUUUCCACUAUCCUCUGUACGGGAAGACGGCGGGCAGGGAGGAGUCGGAGGUGACUCCGCCCGGCAGAGGAGGCGCCGUGAGCAGCAAAGCGAGCGGCGACUCGUCCUCGUCCUCGGCCAUGGAGCUGCUGCAGCAGCAGAGUCACCAGUACCACGGAAAGUCCCCCGCUCCCGGUGAGAAAGGUUCCCCCGAAGGAGAGAGAGAACCAGAGAGAGAGAGGAACCACGUGUCGUUCGCCCGACACCUGCACACACACCAUCACACACACCUGGGCAUGAGCUACAACCUGAUGUCGGGACAGUACGACAUCUACCAAGGGUUGAGUUCCAGGUCUCUGGUCUCCAGUCAGCAGGUGUCAGGACACUCCUCAACCGACAGCGAAGGGAAGAAGUAGGACCAUGUGACCACGUCUCACAUGAGGAACGGCAGAUUUAUCAGACAUCAAUUCCAUGGUGUUGAAUAAGCUUCGCCUCGCUGAGAGGCAGAGAACAAAAAAAAAAGUUUAAAAAAAAAAAAACC